ACACAGCCAGUGCUGCAAAACUCAUUCGGAGCGAUAUCAAAGGUUAUUUUCGGUUUGGAGAUGUUUAUAUUAGUUUGAUAAGAACCAAUGGCAAACCUCAGUCCGCUGGUCUACUGGUCGCAGACCAAGCAAACCCUAUUACUGAAAGUGGACCUCAAAGAUGCCAAGGGCGCCAUCGCGGACUUUUCGCCGGUUUCGGUGAAUUUCAGUGCCAACGGCCACGGAGCUCGCGGAGUGAAUGCCUACAAGUUCGAGCUGCACUUCUACGCCUUGAUCGACGACGAGAAUGCCACCUUCGUGGUCAGCGACAACAAGAUCGAGCUGCAGAUCCGCAAACUGGAGCCGGAGUGGUGGCCCCGCCUGGUGGCCACUCCCCAGAAGCCCCACUGGCUCAAGAUCGACUUCGACCGCUGGCGCACCGAGGACGACGCCGAGUUGGAGGAGAAGCCCCGCGAUGUGCGCCAGGACUACGAGAAGGAGUACGCCGAUCUCCAGAAGCGCGAGCUGGGCUACAUCAAGGAGAAAACGAAGAAGGUGUACAUGAUUUUCUACAACCUGGCCAUGUUCGUGGGCUACCUGUAUAUCAUGGUGGUAAUGGGAGUACUCUACUAUCGCGAUGGCAUCGAUAGCAUUGCCAAAACCUACGCCAAUGUGGGCAACGCCUUCAAGUUUGUCCAGCUGCUGCAGUAUCUGGAGGUGAUGCACCCCAUGUUCGGUUACACCAAGGGCAGUGCAGUGGUGCCCUUCUUCCAGGUGUCCGGACGCAACUUUAUCCUGUUUCUCAUGAUCGACAUGGAACCGCGCAUGUAUGCCAAGCCCGUGGUUUUCUACGUUUUUGUAAUAUGGUCUCUGGUCGAAUUGGUGCGAUAUCCCUACUACUUGGCGCAAUUGCUUGGUCGCGAGGUGGGCCUGCUCACCUGGCUGAGGUACACCGUCUGGAUACCGCUCUAUCCCAUGGGCAUCCUGUGCGAGGGCAUCAUCGUGCUACGUAAUAUUCCCUAUAUUGAAGAGACGAAACGGUUUACCGUGGAAAUGCCUAAUUCCUGGAACAUCACCUUUGACAUGGUUCUCUUCCUGAAAAUAUACCUAAUGCUGCUAAUCCUGCCGGGCAGCUACCUAGUUAUGUCGCACAUGGCCAAGCUAAGGUCCAAAAAGCUCGGCAAGGGACGCGCCAAGCGCCGACAGCACCUUCACGCCGACUAGUCAGCACACUGCCUGGAUCAAGCUAGACGUUCGGCAGUAUGAUUUCCUAUUUUUGUUUAGUGUAAGCAAAAGUCCAAAGAAAUAUCUACAUCCACCAUUCUUCACAUCUUGACGUUCAUUAAAAUUUUCUAUCAUAAUACAAAA